AUGCAAUCUCCUCGAAAGCUAUUCCACGCGCGGCCAUCACUCGCGGCGCGCCGAUCGACGGCUCUUAUCGUAUUAACUUCCCUAGCAAUCGGAAUCGCCGGAUUCACAUUUGGACUCGCCGUGAUUCUCCUCCCGGGUCUCCGAUUAACCGGACGUAAUUGCCUCACGAACGCUCCUCCGAAGACGGUUCGAGUCGUUUGGGACGUCUCCGGAAUUAGAAAUGUCGUUGGCGGCAAAAGCGUAAGGAAGAGACACAAGGUUAUGGGAUUCGUCGGUAUCCAAACCGGAUUCGGAUCUGCUGGCCGGAGACAAGCACUUAGGAAGACAUGGAUGCCGUCAAAUCCAGAAGGUCUUCGACGCUUGGAAGAGUCUACGGGAUUGGCUAUAAGAUUUGUGAUAGGAAAAACGAAAAACGAGCGAAAAAUGGCAGAGCUGAGAAGAGAAAUCUCAGAAUAUGAUGACUUUGUACUGAUAGAUAUCGAAGAGGAGUAUAGUAAGCUUCCUUACAAAACUUUGGCAUUCUUCAAAGCUGCAUACGCUCUUUAUGAUUCUGAGUUCUAUGUCAAAGCUGACGAUGAUAUAUACUUGAGGCCAGAUCGGCUAUCUUUGCUAUUGGCGAAAGAGAGGAGUCACUCUCAGACGUACUUAGGAUGCUUGAAGAAGGGCCCAGUUCUCACAGAUCCUAAGCUCAAAUGGUAUGAACCGUUUUCUCAUCUGCUAGGAAAAGAAUACUUUCUUCAUGCUUAUGGUCCAAUCUAUGCUCUCUCUGCUGAUGUUGUGGCAACUUUGGUUGCUCUCAAGAAUAACAGGCGAGUUCUGUUUCAUAACUAG